AUGGGGCCGGCUGUGGACACCUGCCAGGUGACAGGAGAGGGGCUGUGCUUGGUGGAGAGAUACGCAGCCGCCAUGCUUACGGGAGGAGCAGAGGAAGCCGCCAAAGGAGCCUGGCCCAGCCGGCCGUCCCCGCGCGGCGCCACGACCUCGGCGGGCCAUGCCUUGCAGCGCGGGGCGGCGAGCCCGGGCCGGAGCCCCCGGGCAGGCGGAGCCGCCGAGGGCAGGCGCGCGCCCCGGCACGUCAUCAUCAACGUGGGCGGCUGCCGCGUCGCCUGCCUGGGCGGCGCUGGCGCGCUGUCCGCUCGCGCGCCUGGAGCGCCUGCGGGCCUGCCGCGGCCACGACGAGCUGCUGCGGGUGGGGACGACUACGACGUGAGCCGCGACGAGUUCUUCUUCGACCGCAGCCCGUGCGCCUUCCGCGCCAUCGUGGCGUGCUGCGCGCCGGGAAGCUGCGGCUGCUGCGGGCCGUGCGCCCUGGCCUUCCGCGACGAGCUGGCUACUGGGGCAUCGACGAGGCGCGCCUGGAGCGCUGCUGCCUGCGCCGCCUGCGCCGCCGCGAGGAGGAGGCGGCCGAGGCGGAGCCGCGAGGCAGGCGCGCGGCCCCGGCACGUCAUCAUCAACGUGGGCGGCUGCCGCGUGCGCCUGGCCUGGGCGGCGCUGGCGCGCUGUCCGCUCGCGCGCCUGGAGCGCCUGCGGGCCUGCCGCGGCCACGACGAGCUGCUGCUGUGCGACGACUACGACGUGAGCCGCGACGAGUUCUUCUUCGACCGCAGCCCGUGCGCCUUCCGCGCCAUCGUGGCGCUGCUGCGCGCCGGGAAGCUGCGGCUGCUGCGCGGCCCGUGCGCCCUGGCCUUCCGCGACGAGCUGGCCUACUGGGGCAUCGACGAGGCGCGCCUGGAGCGCUGCUGCCUGCGCCGCCUGCGCCGCCGCGAGGAGGAGGCGGCCGAGGCGCGCGCGGGCCGCGGGCCAAGGGGCGCCGGGGAGCCCGGCCGCGCCCUGUGGGAGGCCGGCGCGCGCCUGGGCCCGGGCGGGCGGCUGGAGCGCGGCCGGCGGCGCCUGCGCGACGUGGUGGACAACCCGCACUCGGGACUGGCGGGCAAGCUCUUCGCCUGCGUGUCCGUGGCCUUCGUGGCGGUCACGGCCGUCGGCCUCUGCCUGAGCACCAUGCCGGACAUCCGCGCUGAGGAGGAGCGGGGCGAAUGCUCGCACAAGUGCCGCAGCCUCUUCGUGCUGGAGACCGUGUGCGUCGCCUGGUUCUCCUUCGAGUUCCUGCUGCGCUCCCUGCAGGCCGAGAGCAAGUGCGCCUUCCUGCGGACGCCGCUCAACAUCAUCGACAUCCUGGCCAUCCUGCCCUUCUACGUGUCGCUGCUCGUGGGCCUGGCGGCGGGCGGCCCCGGGGGCAGCAAGCUGCUGGAGCGCGCGGGGCUGGUGCUGCGGCUGCUGCGCGCGCUGCGCGUGCUCUACGUGAUGCGCCUGGCGCGCCACUCGCUGGGGCUGCGCUCGCUCGGCCUGACCGUGCGCCGCUGCGCGCGCGAGUUCGGGCUGCUGCUGCUGUUCCUGUGCGUGGCCAUGGCCCUGUUCGCGCCGCUCGUGCACCUGGCCGAGCGCGAGCUGGGCGCGCGCCGCGACUUCUCCAGCGUGCCCGCCAGCUACUGGUGGGCCGUCAUCUCCAUGACCACCGUGGGCUACGGCGACAUGGUCCCGCGCAGCCUGCCCGGCCAGGUGGUGGCGCUCAGCAGCAUCCUCAGCGGCAUCCUGCUCAUGGCCUUCCCCGCCACCUCCAUCUUCCACACCUUCUCGCGCUCCUACUCCGAGCUCAAGGAGCAGCAGCGGCGCGCCGCCAGCCCCGAGCCCGCCCUGCGCGAGGACAGCACGCGCUCGGCCUCGGCCUCCGCCUCGGCCGCGGAGGACAGCUCGCAGGGCUCACGGGGCUCACGGGGCUCACGGGGCUCGCAGGGCCCCGACGGCAGCGGCCACCCUGACGCCCACCUGCUGUACCCACCGCAACCCCUGACCGCGCCCCACCUGCUGGACCGCCACCCCCACCCAGCCUCACCACCAGCCCGCCACCGAGGUGAUCUGGAGAUGGAUACCCGCGAUGAGCAGCUCCGGGACUGCACAAGCUCGCUGUCAGUGUCGGGCGUCUGGAACCCCACGUUUGCUGGCUGA